GUUGGGAAACAUUCAGAGCCGCGCGAGAAGGCUUGUUCGUCUCUUCAUGAUCGGGAUAUCGGUCCAAAUUGUAGGACACACGGUAAUGAGAAACGAGAGUCAGUUCACCAGAAUAAUUAUCGUCUGAUAAGAAUAUUAUAUCAUUACUCCGAAAGUCUGAUCCUACCUUGAAGGUUUUGAUAUCAGUUACUCAUAUAACAUCUCAACUUCACCCACUCAAAUGGUGUUUAAGAUAUUUGCAUAAUUUAUUUUCCCCAUAAUGACAUCAGGAAAUAACUUUGACAAGGCUAAAGGAGUCGACUCAGUCCGGAAACACAAGAUCAAAGGACUUUACUUAUUUGAAAGAUGUUCCGGGGGAAUACUCAAUCUCAAGUUUGAUUCGGAAGUAUUAGAGUCAUUUUACUACAAAUGUACUUACCCAAGUUCACGUGGGAGAUUCCGUUUUGGCACUGUAUUAACGGCUUUUCUGUCAGUCGCUUGGUUGAUGUAUUUUUCAAUUCUGCAACAUCCUAGUUGUUUAAUAUACAGGGUCGGAUUCAGUCUUGGUGUUGUGAUCUCACUUACUUAUUUCUUAAUGAGCUUCUUCGACAAACUUUUCAGAUCACGAGCUAUAUUAAUCAGUGUUAGUCACGCAUGGAUUUCAUGCUUGCUUGGCUUGCUUGCAUUUACUCCACCAGAACCUGGUGCUACUUUGGCUUUUAAUCUCAGUUUAAUUCUUCAGCUCAUAUUGAUCACAUAUACCAUGGCUCCUUUGCGCUUAUGGCAGCUGUUGGCAAUUUGUGGACCCGUUAGUGUCUUGCAAAUAGUUUUAGCAAGUGUGAGGUACGACCGGGUCCCAGGCUGGUUUAUACUGUUGUUUUUCGUCGGUCAUUUCUCUGUUCAUUUGAUUGGAAUUAAUCUUCACUUGAUGUCUCAAGUUUGGCGCCGAUCGACAUUUUUACGCAUGGGUUAUAAUGCUUUAAUGCGAAAAGCAUUAAAGAAAGAACAAGAAAUACGCGAUGAUAUGAUUCGUUCAUUAAUGCCUAAUCAAGUUGCACAAGAAGUAAUGCGUGAAGUGGGCAAUGAAAGUUCUAUUGAAUAUGACACUAAUGAUGAUGAUGAUGAUCAUAGGCGUUCAAACGACAAGAAUAAAAAUAAGCAUAAAAGGAAUGAGUCUAAGCAAAGUCACCAUAGAAAAUCGAAAGACAAAAAAUCACACGAAGCGAAUUGUAUCAAUUUAGGUGAAAGUUUUAAAAUUAGUGGACUCAGUUAUGCUGGUGAUGAGGUAGAUAGUGAAGAUGAAGAUGAAACACAAACUCCAAAAAAAGCGAGUGUUGGGAGUAACUGUGAACAACAGCCUAUACGACAAGAUGACUUAGAAAUGGGUUCUGGCGUUAGUGAUGCUGGCAGUCCUUGUAGUCAAAAAUGUAGCUUAAUGCCUAAAGCAGCUGUUGUACCUCCAUCACGAGCUGUCGCAUUUCGAAAGUUUCAUGUGAAUCAAUUAGAAAAUGUCAGUGUAUUAUUUGCUGAUAUUGUUGGUUUUACUAAAAUGAGCUCGAAUAAAUCUGCAUCACAUCUUGUCUACCUAUUAAAUGAUCUUUUUGGGAGAUUUGAUCGUUUAUGCGAACUUGUUGGUUGUGAGAAAAUCGCCACUCUUGGUGAUUGUUAUUAUUGCGUUUCUGGUUGUCCGAAUCCAACCGAAGAUCAUGCUGAGCGAACAGUGGAAAUGGGUAGAGCAAUGUGCUUAGCUAUACAACAGUUUGAUGAAGAUCAUUCAGAGGAAGUGAAUAUGCGUGUCGGUGUACACACUGGUAAAGUGAUCUGUGGAAUUGUCGGAACAAGACGUUUUAAAUUCGAUGUUUGGUCAAAUGAUGUUACAUUAGCUAAUGAAAUGGAGUCCAGUGGUGAAGCGGGAAAAGUGCACAUUUCUGAGGCUACUUUAAGUUUUGUAAAAGAUAUUUAUGAAGUUUCUGAAGGAAAACCUGUUCAUGAUAUUCGAAAAUUCAAAGUGUUAGUUGAAUUUUUUAAUAAAGAAGAACAAUGUUUCGCCAUUAAACAUACUCAAGAUGAAGCUAUGAUCAAAACAUAUUUUAUUGAAAAACGUUUGGAUGAUAAGCCAGUUGUCAGUUUGCCACCUAUGCAACUGGAAGUUGGUCCAGUUCAAUUACAAAGUAUUAAUAAUGUUUGCGAUAGUGAAACUGUUACCACAAAUAAUAAUCUGCAUGAUGAAUCACGGAAUAUUGACGCAGUUAUCCCAACAGCAAUGAAUACUAGUAUUUCAUCAACCACGGAGAUUCACAACACUUUUACCUCAUGUCAUCCACUUGUGAAUAACGAAAGUACUAAUAAUGUCGCUAAGAAACCUGACGGCAUUACACAACAUAAUGGUGGAGAUAAUAAGAAGCUGGUGGAUAGCAGUCAACUACCACAAUCGGUUUCAACAGUCUUAACAGAAAAUCGUCUUUCUAUGGAUAAUAAGAACAUAACUAUACCGCAUACUGCUACAACAACAACAACUACUACUACUAUAACUACUUCGUAUGCUAUUAGUCGCGGUUCUGAUGUGGAAAUGUUGCAGGCAUUACAAGAUUUUGUUCAACCUGAUGAAAUUUUCAUUUUUCCACCAAUAUCCAGAUUAAGUUUGAAUUUCUUUGUUCCCAUGGUUGAGAAAAGUUAUCGACGUUUAGGUUUACGACGUCCAAGAACUCACUCUAUUGAGAAAUUAUCAUGGUCCACACCACGUAUCGCUCCAUUUAUUAAUACAAUUACAGAGACAAUAUUGAUUUUCGUUAUUGCUAUAACAUGUUUAAUUGUUUUUCCAGAUGCUCGAAAAGCAGUGAAUACGCCAAGUUUUUAUAUUAUUCUAUUUAUCGCCUUCAUGAUACAUACACUAUUAUUGACAUUGUUAAUUUCCGAUUUGGCUGCAUGGGCCUGGUGUCCAAGACGUUGCAAUAGUAGUAGUAAGUCCAUGUUGAAAACUAGUAGCCGUUAUGAUUGGCGACGUAUAGUGAUUCGGCUAUAUGGGAAGCUGUUUCGUUGGAAUUCACGUAAUGUGAUUGGUGUUUUUAUUUUGAUCUUACCAACAUCUGUCGUUUUGUCGACCUAUUCUUAUUGUUUAUUUAAUAAAUAUACACCUUUAAUAACACUCGAUGCGUCAUCAAAUCAUAAAGACACCUAUUAUUAUUCUCACAUGUUUUAUGCUACUUAUCGUACACAGAUUGGUUUGUUGUUCACUUUUAUGUUUAUUAACUGUACAUUGUACACAUCGUUUUCCUCUUGGACGAAAACUAUUUCAGCUACAUUCGUCUGUUCAUUGGGUAUACUACUGAUAUCCUUACAUAGAACACUUCAGUACACGUGUUCGCCACAGCAUGCUCAGUCGUGGUAUUCGGCAAUAAAAUAUAGUUUUAAUAGUCCAGCAAUUGUUGAAGAACGACUAGAAAAUCGAAAUUCAUCGUUGUUAUUUGAGUUUCCUGAUUGGUCAUAUCCAGCCAUGUCUGAUAAUGCCGUGUACGAGUAUAUCGUGAUUGGAUUACUUACUUUGAUUCUAGUCGGUGCAUUGAAUCGUGAGUUUGAUAUUAAUUUCCGAUUAAGUUUUCAUCGAGAUUAUGAAGCUCUACGAGCUAAGGAAGCUAUCGGUCAUCAAAAAUUGCAAGCUGAUUGGUUAUUGGAGAACAUUAUUCCAUAUUAUAUAAUGAAUGAUUUACGUCAGCAUAAUAAAUACUCUCGACAUAUUGAAGAUGCUGGUGUUGUUUUUGCAUGUAUUGCGAAUUUCUCUGAGUUUUAUGACGAACAAUACCAAGGUGGUCAAGAGAUGUUACGUGUUAUGAAUGAAAUAUUUGCUGAUUUUGAGCAUCAACUCGCCUUAUCAAAAUAUAAAGACGUCGAGAAAAUCAAAACAAUCGGUUCAUGUUUUAUGGCUGCUUCUGGAUUAAAUAUGACUGAACGUAAACGCAAUAAACGAUCAGAUGAACAUUUGUGGGCAUUACUUGAUUUUGCUUUGGAUUUAAUUCAUACACUAGAUGAUUUCAAUCGCCAAAUGUUCAAUUUUCAAUUUGAGCUAAAAGUUGGUUAUAAUAUUGGUGAAGUGACAGCUGGUGUUAUUGGUACUACAAAACUAUUAUAUGAUAUAUGGGGUGAUACUGUCAAUGUGGCUAGUCGUAUGUAUUCAACAGGUUUAAAAGGUAGAAUACAAGUUACUGAGGCUGUUGCUAAACGCUUAGAAUCACGUUACAUAUUUGAAUACCGCGAUGAAGUGUUUGUCAAAGGUAAAGGUAAUAUGAAAACCUACUUAUUGGUAAGCCGUCGAAAUAGUUAAGAGGAAGGGAUGGUUAUCGACAUAAUUUCACUGAAAAAAUAUGUCUUACCUGUUUGUUUGUGCUACUAAUGACCCGUGUACUAUUCAUAAUAAUUUGGUCAAUUAUAGCGUCUUAAUCUCUGGUCACUUGAUCAAUGGGACAAUUUAGAAAAUUUCAAAAAUUAUGAUCUGAAUUUUCACUUUACUACACACACAAAAUCCUUUAAUAGAUAUUUUCGUAUACGUGUGUUUGUUGUCGUUCUUCACUGUUAUUUAUCAAAUUAACAACUCACUGCACCACCGUUAUUUUCGCUUAAUCAUAAUUUUUAAUUAAACAUAAUAAUACUUAUCGAGAAAGUAUCAUAUAUUGAACAUAUUAGUUUACACUUGUAAUAAUCAUUUUCCUGACUUUGCCUUUCUUUAUUAUCGUCCUUUUACACAGUGAUUAUUGUUGUCAUUAUUGCUUUCCUUUCAUUUUCCUCAUCAUUUCCAACAAACUUUCAUCUACUGUGCAUUUGUCUUAGACAUCCAUCGUCAAUAUUCUAUCGAUAAAUGACCAUAUAAAUGUAUUAAAUUCUUUGUCUUUAUAUGUUGUGUUAAUUUUUCUUACGGUUAUGAACUUGGUCUAAAUAUUAGUUGCAUGUUUUAGUUCAUAUGACAUUAAGCGCCGGACUAAUUGAUUGUUAUAUGUUCCACCUUUAAUCAGAACCAAGCUUAGUUGCCAAGUUAUAUUGGAACUAUAUUCGUCCAAAUACAUGCGUAUGUGUGUGUAUGUGCACAUGAACCUUGUGAACGUAAAUAACUUGACCUUAAGAAUUCAGCUACCACUGUUAUAUUGCAUUUUUUCCCAUGAUUAUCUAGACUGCUUUUCACUUGUUUUGUCCUCUUUAUUAUGAUAUUUUAAAAGAAAUUUGGUAAUAAAGUUGAUAGACAUACAUUAAAAUCCACUAGCUUUUCAUUGUCGUGAUUACUUGUAUUUAUUCGCUAGAAGUAUAUAAGGUGAUCUAUUGUUCAAACUGAAAUCUAAUCAGAAUGGGUUUUGUGGAGAUUUUUUGGAAAUUUCACAAGCUGAAAUCAUGAGCCAAUUGAAGCUAGACCACCAUGGAAAACCUGGAAGCACUGGACGGCCGUUUCGUCCUAGUAUGGGACUCCUCAGCAGUGCGCAUCCGCGAACCCGCCCCUCGCGGGAUUCGAACCCAGGACCUACUGGCUUCGCGCGCGAGCACUUAACCAUUAGACCACUGAGCAGGCAUCUAACGGUGUUAAUGUCUAACUUCAACUAAUCCACGAAGUUGCGCCACCAUUGUCUUCAGUGAGUUACUAUCUCACAACAGACCUGGUUGAACUCGACUGGUAACGACUUCCCACUAGAACUCCAGGAGUGUCUCAUGAAGUCAGUCACUAGUGAGCAGGUGAUUAUUAUUAUCAGAAUGGGUUUUGUGGAGGUUUGGAAAUUUCACAAGUUGAAAUCAUGAGCCAAUUGAAGCUAGACCAUGUUCAACUGAUUGCUUUUACUAACGGUUCCUGUCAUUCGUUCAUGUUAACUACUUUCUAUUUUGUCUUUCCUUUCUACUUCUUUUGUUAAAUUUGAGCUGUGAUGGUCUCUCUUUAUUUACAUAUUCUCUGCUCUAAUUCGUUUUGAAUAAUGAAUAUGUUACAUCAUAAAGUAGAGAAUAUCUUGAGAACGCCGCAAAAGAAUAGCUGAUGAUGGCGAUAGCCAUGAUAUGUAUUCCGAUUUUGUUUGGUUUUAUUUAUUGUUGUUCUAUUUGGAUUAUUAUUACUAUUUUUAAUGUUUAAGAUGAAUAAACAAGUUUGUUAUGAUGAUGUGCUACUUAGUUAUCUAAAUUGAGGUUGAAUUACUGGCCUGCACUUUCACCUUCAUAAUAAAACAUGUAGGGGAACUCACCACAACGUAUUAAUGAGGGUUUAUUGAAUUUGAUCAUCUUUGAUAAUAGUUAUUAAGGAACUGUUGAAAGUCAGAAAUUAUUCAACAUCCUAUCUUCAUGUAAUGUUCAGUUUGUUAGAAGAGAUCUCGAUCACUUUAAACCUAUUACAAUGAAAAAUUCGAUUAUACAUCACAGUGGAAAAUUGAAAGAAAAACAUUUCCAAUCGUUCACUCAAUAAUGUCAACCUAUUAGAGGAAAUUAAUAUAAUUUAGCGAUUCACCAUAAAAAAUUGUCCUUAUUUUAUCAGCUCAUAAAUGUCAGCUAAUUAUAUUUUUUAGUUAUGAUGUAUAUAUUGUAGUGUGGUCUAUUAACAUGUCUACACUCAUUUAAUAAAAAACCAAAAGAAUUCACAUCGUACAUACUUAGACGUUGAACUGCCAAUACAACAAAUUGACUAGUUUUCUUUCGGCAGUAAAUGUUCUGCAUAAAACCAUCACACAUUGCUAUUCAGAACCUUUGUGAAGUGAACAAAUUGUUUGAAAAUCACUGAAAAACUGUUAUCUAACACUUCAGUGAACAAAGACUCAGGAGUGGAAAAACGGCUCAUUGUUCAUCAAAAAAUUAUUGAGUGCGUUCAUAACAUGAAGAUCAUAGAUUCAAAACGUUAUUUGCACAUUUCCCUUCAAUUGUUCUCAACAUGCUUGAUGAUUCUUUCAAUUCUGCUGUUGUUACGAAGUCUGUUCCUUUACUUGUUCUCUUAAAAUCAGUCUUCUUAUUCUCCGUCUGCCAGGUAUUCCCCUUCUGAUUGGUGCUAAACACUACAUAUAUCCGUCAUCACAGGUAGCAUACACGACUAUAUUCAUUUAACUGUGGUUAAAUUGCUCGAUUUUCAUCCAAAUUGUCGGUCACAUAAUUAUCCAUACAAAUGUUGUACUUCAUAAUUUCAAAUAAAUUGACCAAUGGGUGGAGAGUUAACAAUAAAUAAAUAUUCAUGCUAUAUAUACAAAUGAGCAGGAACAUGUAUUUCAAAUAAUUAAUGGAUUAAAGUAAGCCACGAAUUUAUAGCAAAUGAAUAACGAAAAUCAAAUUACAAGGUGUUUAAAUUC